AGCUCUGUCGCUCGUCAUCGCCGUUAUAAAUCACAGUGAGCUUGUCAAUGAACACCACAGAGUGUCGCUCCAAUACUGCUUUUCCCUAAGGAGCGAUUCUGUGUUCACUUCCGGCAUCCGGGACCGAAGUUCCAGGAGCGUCUGGGAUGACAGAGGGAGUGAGAAAUAAAAGGGGAUAAACGAGAGAAGACCACAGACGACUCCAGGGACAGUCAGUCGUGCAGCACCAUGCCUGAGCCAACAGAAGAAGCAAAGCCAGAGGGGGAAGCUCCACCCCCAGAAGGGGAAGCUCCAGCCCCAGAAGGGGAAGCUCCAGCCCCAGAAGCAGUGGAAGCCCCACCCCCAGCCGAGGCAGCCCCAGAGGAGGAGGAGAGGGAGCGCACGGAGUAUGCUGGAAUGUUUAUUGAGAGACCAGAGAGCGUGGUGGUCAUCACAGGUAAAGACAUAACGUUUAUAGCGAAGGUCGACUCCUCUAAGCUGGUGAGGAAGCCUGCCAUUAAGUGGCUGAAAGGGAAGUGGUUGGAUCUGGGCAGCAAAGCUGGGAAACACAUGCAAUUCAAGGAGACUUAUGACAGGAACUCCAAGAUCUACACGUACGAGAUGAAAGUGGUGAAGGUUGUCCCGGGAGAUGCUGGGGCCUAUCGGUGUGAAGUGACUUCCAAAGACAUGUGUGACAGCUCCUCCUUUGAGAUCUCUGUAGAGGAAGCUGACACCGCCCAGAAAGGAGAUGAUGUCCUCGCUUCUUUCAAAAGAUCGGGAGCUGGAGAGGAUGAUGGCGAUCUGGACUUCAGCUCCCUCCUCAAGUCUGUCAAGAAGAAGAAGAAGAAGCCUGUGGAGAAGGAGGAAGAGGAUGUGUGGGAGAAGCUGAAGAAGGCCCACCCCAGUGAGUAUGAGAAGAUCGCCUUCGACUGCGGCAUCACGGACCUCAGGGGCAUGCUGAAGCGCCUCAAGAAGAUGAAGGAGGUCGUGCCCAAGGUCAGCGAUGCCUUCAUUAAGAGGUUGGAGUCUGCCUACUCUGUGGAAAAGGGCAAGAAGAUUGUCCUGACUGCGGAGGUGGUGGAUCCCAACGUUGAGGUCAAAUGGUUGAAGAAUGGAGUGGAGAUCAAGCCCUCGGCCAAGUACAUCAUGGAGACUAACGGCAAUAUCCGCACCCUCACCAUCAACAAGUGCAACCUGUCUGAUGACGCCGCUUACGAGUGUGUGGUCGGGACUGAAAAGUCUUUCACUGAGGUCUUUGUCAAAGAACCUCCUGUCACCAUUAUCAAGCUGAUGGAUGACUACCACGUGACGGUGGGGGAGAGGGUGGAGUUUGAGGUGGAGGUGUCGGAAGAGGGCGCUCACGUCAUGUGGUAUUUCGAGAAUAUAGAGCUGGUGAGGACUGAAAACAGCAAAUUUCGCUUCAAGAAAGACGGCAAACGUCACUGGCUCAUUAUCCAGGAGGCCACCCUCGAUGACAUCGGAAUGUACUGGUGCUUCACCAACGGGGGACAUACAAAGGGAGAGCUGGAAGUGGAAGAGAAGGAGCUGGAGGUGCUGCAGAGCAUCGCUGACCUGACGGUGAAGUCGGCCGAGCAGGCCAUGUUCAAGUGUGAGGUGUCCGACGACAAGGUGACGGGCAAGUGGUUCAAGGACGGCGUAGAGGUUCUUGCCAGUGACCGCAUCAAGCUGUCCCAUAUUGGCAGGUUCCACCGCCUCACCAUCGAUGAUGUGAAGCCAGAGGAUGCUGGAGAUUACACCUUCGUUCCCGACGGCUACGCCCUCUCACUCUCAGCCAAGCUCAACUUCCUGGAGAUCAAAGUUGACUACGUCCCGAGGCAAGAGCCUCCUAAGAUCCACCUGGACGUGGCUGGAAACAUGGUGUCUCAGAACACCAUUAUUGUUGUGGCCGGCAACAAGCUCCGCCUUGAUGUGGAGAUCUCAGGAGACCCGCUUCCCACUGUUGUGUGGAUGAAGGGAGAUCAGCCAAUUGAAGCGGCAGAGGGCCGCAUCCGUGUUGAGACCCGCACUGGCCUGAGCAGCUUUGUGAUUGAGGGGGCAGAGAGGGAGGACGAGGGCAACUACAGCAUCUGCGUCACCAACCCCGCAGGAGAGGACAAGGCCAUUCUCCACAUCAAGAUCGUUGAUGUCCCUGAUCCCCCUGUGCAUGUGAAGUGUACCACCGUGGGAGAGGACUGUGGCACCAUUGUCUGGGAACCCCCCAAAUUCGACGGUGGAGCGCCCAUCACAGGUUACUACAUGGAGAGGAAGAAGAAGGGGUCAUCUCGCUGGACGAAGCUGAACUUCGACGUCUACGAGUCGACCACGUACGAGGCUAAGCGCAUGAUUGAGGGCGUGCUCUAUGAGAUGAGGGUCUUUGCAGUUAACGGCAUCGGCAUGUCGCAGCCCAGCCUCAACUCCAAACCAUUUAUGCCGAUCGCGCCCACUAGUGAGCCCCUGCGGCUGACGGUGAAUGACGUGACGGAUACCACGUGCUCACUUAAAUGGCUGGUACCGGAGAAGAUCGGGGCUGGGGGCCUGGACGGAUACAUCAUAGAGUUCUGCAAGGCUGGAGAAACUGAGUGGAAAGUGGCCAACGCUGAGCCUGUAGACAGGCAGAGCUUUGUGGUGCGCGACCUGCCCACGGGGGAGAAGAUGAACUUCCGGGUCGUCUCUGUAAACAUCGCCGGACGCAGCCCUCCUGCCCUGCUUGGUCAGCCUGUCACCAUCAGAGAGAUCAUGGAACAUCCUAAGAUUCGCCUACCACGUAAUCUCAGACAAAAAUACAUCAGGCGAGUCGGGGACAAAAUCAACCUUUCCAUCCCCUUCCAGGGUAAGCCUCGUCCAAUGGCUACCUGGCUGAAAGAUGGUGAGCCUGUAGACAGUAAGAUGGUGGGUGUACGCAACUCGUUGGUGGACAGCAUCCUGUUCAUCCGCUCUGCCGAGAGAGAGCACUCAGGCAAAUACACACUGGUGUUGAAGAUUGAGAACAUGGAGGACAGGGCCACCAUAGACAUCCGCAUCGUGGAGAAGCCCGGACCCCCCAUAGCGGUGAAGGUGGCAGAAGUGUGGGGCUUCAAUGCAAGCCUGGAGUGGCAACCCCCCAAAGACGACGGCAACUGUGAGGUCACUGGCUACAUGAUCCAGAAAGCAGAAAAGAAAACCAUGGAGUGGUUCACGGUGUACGAGCACAACAGACGCACCAGCAGCACGGUGUCAGACCUGGUGAUGGGAAACGAGUACAUGUUCCGUGUGUACAGCGUCAACAUGUGCGGGCCUAGUGACGACCCAGGGGUCAGCAAGGACACCGCCAAGAUCGUCAAAACAAAUCUGGAGUACAAACGCCCUCCAUUCGAAGUGAAGGAUAUGGCCUGUGCUCCAAAGUUCACUGCUCCCCUUGUGAACAGAUCUGUCAUCCAAGGCUACAGUGCUGCCAUGAGCUGUGCAGUGAAAGCCUUUCCUAGGCCAAAGAUUAUCUGGAUGAAGAACAACAUGAUCCUGGGUGACGACCCCAAGUACCUGAUGAUGAACCUCCAGGGCGUUCUGACACUAAACAUCCGCAAACCGGGGAUGUACGACGGGGGCAAGUACUCUUGCCGGGCUGUCAAUGACCUGGGAAAGGACGAAGUGGAGUGCAGACUGGAGAUUAGACCUCGAGUCCCAAAGGAGGAGAAGGAGUAAGAGAGGAGGAGGAAGAGGAG